AUUUUUUUCAACUUUUCCAUGGAGAUUUUUGAUCGAUUUGACUCACCAGGUAUUGAUUCACUAGGUCGGAGUCAUUUUUGCAUGGAGAUAACUCCAUGCUUCCUAUGUGGCUGGAUUUCCUGGAUGAUAUGCUGUACAGAGAUCGGGAAAUGUUCCAGUAUCAUAACUUUUUAGGCUCAGUACACGGGGGGACCAACCUAGUUGGCCGAGGUACUUGUCUCCUCCUGUAUCACACCUUAAAGGUCAUCGUCAACAAUGGACAUCUUCAGGAGUAUCGAUUGGAAUCCAUCCCUAAACGACAUUAUCGACGACCAGUUCAUUGAUGGGGAGAGGUUAGAAAGGGAGAGCGCGAUGUACAAAAUUCUUCGAGGAAAUUUCACAGACCCCUUCGCUGACGUUCAUGAGGAUUUCGUGGACCUUGUUACCAAGGCAGAUAUCGACGCAAACGAGCAUGAGAAGGAGACGAAAAAGAUUGACAUCGACGAGGAGAAAGUGAAGGAUGAUGAGAAAAAUGUUGACGAGACGAAGAGACAUGCAAAGUAUUACCCUGGGAUUGUCAGGGCCAAGGCUAAGUUCCCCAGGUGGUCUUCUUUGACUGUGGAGCAGCACGCAGCUUGUGUCAGGGUCCUCCUGCAGUUUUCCGCCCCUGGGAAGCCCGAUAUUUCGAAGAACAAUAGAGAAGAUUUGGCUACGUAUACGAGCCUUCAGGCCCUCAUCUCCGAGGAACAAACGGAGUUCCUGAAGAUGGCGAAGGACCACUGGGACAGCUCGGAUAUCGGACUGAUUCGAGAGGACUUGAUUAAUCGCAAAUGGAAAUAUAAGAUGAAAUAUGUCCAGCAAUUACCGAGGUAUUACAACGAGACCGGGACAAUUCCCUUCAUCUGUAAUAAGGACAUCAACGUGUGUUUCAAUGCAGUUGCUCUUGAAACGGGAAAAAUACCUCGGAUAAUAAUACCACCCCUGACGCGUCCCACGUACCUGCCCUGCACUUCCAUAAAAAUGGAGAAAGCCUACUUCGGCUUCCCCACGUCCGGGAUCCAGAAGAAUCUGAUCAGUGAGGACCCCAACUGCCAGAGGCUCGCGGAGACUCAUGAUAUAGACCUGGUGAUUUCGUCGUCUGGAAUGAACUGUCUUGCCAACAACCUGGAUCCCUCCUACAAGAACUCUUGGGCGCUACCAGUGACAAUCAAGGAGAUCCAGAACAGACGAGUCGUGUUCAUUGACAAACCCCUGCCUCCACUGGCGAAGAACGUUUUGCAGAAGAACUCUUGGGUCUGCAAGCCCAUCCUGAAGAGUCUCCUGCUGCAUCCUGAGCACAAUACGUCGGUGGAGCUGGAUCAUCGAGAGAACACCAGGGAAGAGGAGUCUGAGAGUCCCCUGGAGACGAUGGAGACAGACGAUCAAGAGGAUACAUCGUCGAGUGAUCUGUCAGCCAAGGGUAUCAACUUCUCCUACAAUAUUUUUACGAUUGGAGCUUGUGGUCUUCCUCAGAAUGAAAUGAUGAAGAACAAAGUGGAGAGGGAUUACAGGAUCUUAGUGAGAAUGAAGACUGAUGGCAUUGAGAAGCUGCCGAAUAAUCAAAUUCAGUGCAUGCUGGUGGCACCCAAGAUGGAGCACCAGCUGGGCCUUGGGGCUGAGGCUGUCACCCUGGAGGAAGCUUCCAGACAGUGGGCAGCACUCACCUUCAGACCUGACACUGCUCUUCUUCGAGUGAGAGUGCACUCAUGGAAUAAGGAGAUUAUACAGUACGAACGCAGGACAGCAAUGUCAGUGAACAACGAGAUGAAGAGGCUGUACAAUGUUAAAGGGGAAGAUUGUCUGCAGCUGGUGUACAGUUUGGCUGAGAACAUGGGGAAAAUGACUCCAGGACGGUACCUCAUCAGGCACACUGUGCGAAACGGAGCAUUUGCCAGUAUUUAUAAAGAAACUGAAGCCUCUGGGAAAAACACGAUUGACCUGCAGGCACUCUACUGUGAUGAACAAUUCCAGACAAUCCCCAACCCCCCCUGGCCGCUGAUCGACAAGGUCGUUCCUCUGCCGAUGCACGAGUGCUUCAGUCGAAUGCCAGCCAUGUUUCACCCCGACAAAAGACCUUACUCGAAAAAGGGUCAAAAGCCUCUUAAGGGGGGCUGUCCUGCGAAGGUUGCGCAAGGGAAAUCCUCGAAGAGGAAAUCCAAGAAAAAGGGUAAGAAGCAGAAUGCUGAGAUUGAUACAUCUGGGGAGACACCGGGUUGAUGGGCCCAGCAUCAUCUAUCACCACGUACUAGAACUGAUGUUGUUGUAUUAUUUUUUUAGGUUACGUUAAUAAACUUUUAUAACAUACAAGUGCUUUAGUCAUUAAAAAUGUAAUCACCAGACAUGGGAUAAAACUUGUAAUGGGAAUGAGAUCGUUUAUUGCCAAGAAGAUAUUUUUUAUUCAUAUAUUUUAAUUUAUUUAUUCAGUGAUUUAUUGUUGACAUCCAUUGAUGUGAUUGAACUGAUUAAAUAAAUAUUGCCAAAUAAUUGGGAUAAGAAAAUAAUAAAAA